AUGGAGAUGGAGGAGGACGUGAAUGUACCUCUUAUUCUUGGGAGACCUUUCAUGAAAACAGCAAGAGUUUUGAUUGAUGUGGAAAAUGGCAAACUGAAGGUGAGAAUGAAAGAUGAAGAAGUAAAUUUUGAUGUCUUUAAAGCCAUGUCUCACCCAAAAGAUGAUAAGGAAUGUUUUCAUCUGGAUUCUCUUGAUGAAAUUUGUAUGAUACAAGAGAACAAAGCAAGUAAUACUCUUUCUUUAGAGGAGAUGCUAGUUGACACCUAUGAAGAGUUUAAUGAAAAAGAAGAGGAACUAAUUGAUGAAUGCACGACUGAUUUGGAAGAAUUUAAAAAAGUUCCUUUGCAAAAUACAGAAGAAAAAGCCAAGGUAAGCAAAAUGGAGCUGAAGAGGUUACCACUACACUUGAAAUAUGCGUUUCUAGAAGAAGGUGGAAACAAACCAGUUAUCAUCAACAAUUCUCUCUCUCCAAAAGAAGAAGAAAAGUUGGUAGAAAUACUCAAAGCCAACAAAGGAGCUAUUGGAUGGUCAAUCUCAAAUCUCAAAGGUAUAAGUCCAACAUAUUGCAUGCACAAGAUAUUCAUGGAGGAUGAGUACAAACCAGUUGCUCAACCACAGAAGAGGCUCAAUCUAGUGAUGAAGGAGGAAGUGAGGAAAAAAGUGCUAAAGUUACUUGAAGCUGGCAUUAUUUAUCCUAUUUCUGACAGUGCAUGGGUAAGCCCAGUACAAGUGGUACCAAAAAAAGGUGGGAUGACGGUUAUUUCUAAUGAAAAAAAUGAGCUCAUACCCACAAGGACUGUUACACGAUGGAGGAUGCGCAUUGACUACAGGAAGUUGAACAAUGCUACUAGAAAGGAUCACUUUCCCCUUCUGUUUAUGGAUCAUAUGCUGGAGAGACUGUCAGGUCAGGCUUUUUAUUGCUUUCUGGAUAGAUAUUCAGGUUACAAUCAAAUUGUGGUGGACCCUAAAGACCAGGAGAAGACGACUUUCACAUGCCCAUUUGGAGGUUUUGCCUACAGAAAAAUGUCGUUUGGGUUAUGUAAUGCUCCAGGUUUCAGAGAUGCAUGCAAGCCAUCUUCGCAGAUUUAA